GCUCCGUGGGUUGGGCGUUUCGUGGAACCCAUGGAUCCUCAAAAGAAGAUUAAGAUUUCAGUGACAAAUAUAUGGUCUAUAAGAAAGAUAGCGAAAGCUUUUGACAUCAUAAUUGACGCCAAAAGAACUCUCAGGGAGAUCAAACUCCUUUGCCAGGCGAGCAAUCAUGUAAGUUGUUCUGUCUCAUUUGUCUCUUAACAAACAUUAACAAGCAGCUUCACAUUGAGAAUAUAUGGUGUAGUUUAGUUGUUAUUUCUGUUCUCAUCACAAUCUGUGUUUUAAUGUUCUGUUUUUGUUCUCAUCACAAUUUGUGUGUUUAAUCUUCUGUUUCUGUUGAAACAUUGAGUUUUAACUGAUAUGCAUUGUAUUCACGAUCCUUGCGUUGCAAUGUUUGUAUGAACUGAUAAAGUUUGCAUUUCAGUUGUUUAUGUUCUGAUCGUGUAAACUCAACUGAUAAGCAUUUGCAUUUCAGUUUUCAAAUCUUAAAACAUGAAGCUCACAUAAUUAUACAUAACUACAUAAUUUCUUGAGAUACAUUUGCUUAUAAUAUUUUUGCUUUACAAUCUUAUAAAAUCCAAUCAUUCAACAUUUAAAAAAAAAAAAAAAAAAAAAAACCUCAGUGAAGUUCUUCCAUUGGAAGAGGAAAAAAUUAAAUUAAACGUCAGAAGGCUGCAGAGUCGAGGCUCCUUGAAAUCAAAGAGAGGAAGGAACGACUUGGACGUUCAACUAAAGCUGCUACCUUGUCAACUCCGGUUGGUUCUGGUGAAGAAGAAGAAGAAGAUAUUACAGAUGAUGACAGCGAAGAAGAGAGAGAUGCUAUUGAUCUGAUGGAAAUGCUUAAUAGAGUCUCUGCAAUCAAGGAACAACAGUUGAAGAAUGGAGAGGAUGAGUUUUCUCGGGAUGCUCUUGAUGAUCGCAUAAAGAAAGCUGAAACCUGGCACAGAGAUGCUGCUGCGAGGGUACUGUACUCUAGACCGGCACAACCAAUCACUUUUGCUUCAGUAUCACAGGGUCAUGAACACAAGCACCAACCUAUGAUAUUCGGUCCAGCCAGUAUAGUGAAUGGAGGUCUCUCUUCAGAGAUAGAGCGGAUGAUAGCUCAGGUUUUCCAACCAAGUCACAGGAUGCCAACUAUGAGUAUAGAGGAUGCUGGGUUAACAGAGAUGAAUAUAGUGAACGAUUGGCAAGAACAGACUAAAAAGGCAAUUGAAGAAGCAAUUACAUCAUGGUACAAUGAUAAACCUCUGAGAAGAAAGGAAGAAGAUGAAAAUGAUGACGAAGAUGAGGAAGCUGUGAUGGAAGCUAGAGCUUUCGAUGAUUGGAAGGAUGGUAAUCCUCGUGGUGCAGGUAACAAGAAACUCACACCUUGUAGCUGAGAUUAUAGACUUAACACAUUCUCCCUCUUUGUUUCUUUACCAAACUCUCUUCUUUCACUUGUGUACCAUCUUCUUUCUACUCUUAAGACAUAUAAUGUUACAGAUUCAUAAAUCUAACUGCUGGAAUCAAUCUCA